UCGUGCCACCAUAGCUGCUGCUGCCGCUACCGCGGCGGAGCUGAAAUCGCCGAACGCGAUGCCUGAGGGCGCCGUGAGCGGGGCGGCCCUCGCGCCCAGGGGCUGGCCAGUGAGAGAGCAUGCUGGAGGGUCCUGUGGAGUGAGAAGGCAGUGCCACUGUUGAGACAAGUCCCAAAGGGGCCCUCACCAUGAUGGCUGUGGAAGGAUCAACCAUUACCAGCCGGAUCAAGAAUCUGCUGCGAUCCCCAUCCAUCAAACUACGCAGGAGUAAGGCAGGAAACCGGCGAGAGGACCUCAGCUCCAAGGUGACCUUGGAGAAGGUGCUGGGAAUAACAGUGUCUGGAGGCAGAGGACUUGCCUGUGACCCCCGAUCAGGUUUAGUUGCCUAUCCUGCUGGGUGUGUGGUCGUGUUGUUCAAUCCCCGCAAACACAAGCAGCACCACAUCCUCAACAGUUCCAGGAAAACCAUCACUGCUCUUGCCUUCUCCCCUGAUGGCAAGUACCUGGUCACUGGAGAGAGUGGGCACAUGCCCGCUGUGCGUGUUUGGGACGUGGCUGAGCACAGCCAGGUGGCAGAGCUGCAGGAGCAUAAGUAUGGGGUGGCUUGUGUGGCCUUCUCCCCUAGCGCCAAGUACAUUGUCUCCGUGGGCUACCAGCACGACAUGAUCGUCAAUGUUUGGGCCUGGAAGAAAAACAUUGUGGUGGCUUCUAACAAGGUGUCCAGUCGGGUGACAGCAGUGUCCUUCUCUGAAGAUUGCAGCUACUUUGUCACUGCAGGCAACCGGCACAUCAAAUUCUGGUACCUUGAUGACAGCAAGACCUCAAAGGUGAAUGCCACUGUGCCCCUGCUGGGCCGCUCAGGGCUGCUGGGGGAGCUCCGGAACAACCUGUUCACCGACGUGGCCUGUGGCCGAGGGAAGAAGGCGGACAGCACCUUCUGCAUCACUUCCUCGGGGCUGCUGUGCGAGUUCAGUGACCGGAGGCUUUUGGACAAGUGGGUGGAGCUGAGAACCACAGUGGCCCACUGUAUCUCCGUGAGCCAAGACUACAUCUUCUGUGGCUGUGCUGAUGGCACCGUGCGCCUAUUCAACCCCUCAAACCUGCACUUCCUCAGCACCCUACCCCGGCCACAUGCCCUGGGGACAGACAUUGCCAGCGUCACUGAGGCCAGUCGCCUCUUCUCUGGAGUGGCCAAUGCCAGGUAUCCAGACACCAUUGCCUUGACCUUUGAUCCUACAAAUCAGUGGCUGUCUUGUGUGUACAACGACCACAGCAUUUAUGUUUGGGAUGUGAGGGACCCCAAGAAAGUGGGCAAGGUGUACUCAGCCCUGUAUCACUCCUCCUGCGUGUGGAGUGUGGAGGUCUACCCUGAGGUGAAGGACAGUAACCAGGCCUGCCUGCCUCCCAGUUCCUUUAUUACCUGUUCCUCAGACAACACCAUCCGCUUGUGGAACACAGAGAGCUCCGGGGUGCAUGGCUCCACGCUGCACCGAAACAUCCUCAGCAAUGACCUCAUUAAGAUCAUCUAUGUGGACGGGAACACGCAGGCCCUGCUGGACACUGAGCUGCCUGGAGGAGACAAAGCUGAUGGCUCCCUCAUGGAUCCCCGUGUGGGCAUCCGCUCUGUGUGCAUCAGCCCCAAUGGACAGCAUCUGGCUUCAGGGGAUCGAAUGGGCACACUCAGGGUGCAUGAGCUUCAGUCGCUGAGUGAGAUGCUGAAGGUGGAAGCCCAUGACUCAGAGAUUCUGUGCCUGGAGUACUCUAAGCCAGACACAGGUCUGAAGCUGCUAGCGUCGGCGAGCCGGGACCGGCUGAUCCACGUGCUGGACGCUGGGCGGGAGUAUAGCCUACAGCAGACGCUGGAUGAGCACUCUUCCUCCAUCACUGCUGUCAAGUUUGCAGCCAGCGAUGGGCAAGUCCGCAUGAUCAGCUGUGGAGCAGACAAGAGCAUCUACUUCCGCACCGCACAGAAGUCUGGAGACGGUGUGCAGUUUACACGGACACACCAUGUGGUACGGAAGACCACCCUGUAUGACAUGGACGUGGAGCCCAGCUGGAAGUACACGGCCAUUGGCUGCCAGGACCGAAAUAUUCGGAUCUUUAACAUCAGCAGUGGGAAGCAGAAGAAGCUGUUUAAAGGGUCCCAGGGUGAGGAUGGCACUCUCAUUAAGGUGCAGACGGACCCCUCGGGGAUCUACAUUGCCACUAGCUGUUCUGACAAGAACCUUUCCAUUUUUGACUUCUCCUCAGGCGAGUGUGUGGCCACCAUGUUUGGCCACUCAGAGAUUGUCACUGGCAUGAAAUUUAGCAAUGACUGCAAACACCUCAUCUCUGUGUCAGGGGACAGCUGCAUAUUUGUUUGGCGCCUGAGCUCGGAGAUGACCAUCAGCAUGAGGCAGCGUCUGGCUGAGCUGCGGCAGCGUCAGCGAGGGGGCAAGCAGCAGGGACCCUCUUCUCCCCAGAGGGAUUCUGGAUCCAAGCGGUGUCAGGCCCCAUCGAUGCUGUCUGCUGGGCCUGCUCUCUCAUCAGACAGUGACAAGGAUGGAGAAGAUGAUGGUAAUGAGGAAGAAGAACUCCCAGCUCUGCCCGUGCUUUCCAAGAUUACCAAGAAGGAGCCAGCUGCGGUCCCCAGUCCAGUGCUGCCCCGAAGCCUGUCCCACUGGGAGAUGAGUCGGGCACAGGAGCCAGUGGAGUUUCUGGACCCAGCUCCCGCAGCCAACCCUGGACCCAGGAGAAGGGGGCGCUGGGCUCAGCCAGGUGUGGAGCUGAGUGUCCACUCCAUGCUGGACUUACGGCAGCUGGAGACACUGGCCCCAAGCCCUCGGGCCCCCAGCCAGGAUUCGCUGGCCACGAGCCCAGCUGGUCCUGGGAGGCACGAUCAGAAGGACUCUGAGAUCGCACAUGCUAGCCAGGUUGAAAAGGCCCCCCGGCCUCAGGCUUCCCAACCCUGUUCGUGCCCCCACAUUAUCCGAUUGUUGUCACAAGAGGAAGGGGUCUUUGCUCAAGAUCUGGAGCCUGCACCCAUUGAAGAUGGUAUUGUCUACCCAGAGCCAAGUGACGGCCCCACCAUGGAUACCAGUGAGUUCCAGGUGCAGGCUCCAGCCCGAGGAACCCUGGGAAGAGUCUACUCAGGCAGCAGGGGCUCCGAGAAGCACAGCCCUGACAGCGCCUGCUCGGUGGAUUAUAGCAGCAGCCGCCUUUCCAGCCCCGAGCACCCCAAUGAAGACUCCGAGAGCACAGAGCCCCUGAGUGUGGAUGGCAUCUCCUCAGACCUUGAAGAGCCAGCUGAGGGUGACGAAGAAGAGGAGGAAGAGGAGGGAGGCACUGGCCCCUACGGGCUGCAGGAAGGCAGCCCCCAUACCCCGGACCAGGAGCAGUUUCUGAAACAGCACUUUGAGACUCUGGCCAGUGGGGCUGCUCCAGGGGGCCCAGUUCGGGUGCCAGAGAGGACAGAGUCUCGGAGCAUCUCGUCCCGAUUCCUGUUACAAGUGCAGACUCCCCCACUCAGGGGACCGUCGUCCUCCUCAAGUCUGCCACUGAUGUCCAGACCAGUCCAGAUGGCACAGGCGCCUAGUGAGCAGCUGAGAGGCAGUGCUGCCAACCCCCCUGGAGCACCUCCAGAAAUGGAGCCCUCCCCUGGCAACCCUCGCCCUGAGCAGGCAGGCCCUGUGAUGUUGCCACGACGCCGUCACAACCCUGACAGCAGCCGGGCCCCCAGGAGAGUAGCUGCAGCCGGCUCCUUACCUGGACUGCAGAAAGCCCAGUCUGUGCAGAGUCUGGUGCCGCAGGGUGAAGAGCCAGAUGAGGCCCAAAGUGGCCUGGGCUUGCUGCCCCAUGCUGAUGGCCAUCCAUCUCGGCCCUACUCCUACCAGAACCCUACCACCAGUUCCGUGGCCAAGAUAUCCCGCAGUGUCUCUGUUGGGGAAAACUUGGGCCUGGUGGCCGAACCUCAAGCCCCCACUCCCAGCCGAGUCUCACCACUCAGCAAGCUGGCCCUGCCAAGCCGGGCUCACCUGGUCCUGGACAUCCCCAAACCGCUGCCGGACCGUCCUACCCUGGCUGCAUUCUCACCUGUAUCCAAGGGCCGGGCCCCUGGUGAGACAGAGCAGCCUGACUCCUCAGCUGGCGUAGGAAAGGCUCCCAGUGCAUCUGAGAGGCGGGCCUGUUUGGGGGAGGCUGCUACUCCCAAGCCCAGGACAGAGUGCCAGGCUCGUUCUGGGCCCAGCAGCCCCCGUGCCCAGCAGCUGCCGGUCAGCAUUCUCCUCCGAGGCCCUGAGAACUUGCAGUCCCCAACCCCUGAGAAGACUCCCAACCCCAUGGAAUGCACCAGACCAGGGGCAGCCCUGAGCCAGGACUCAGAACCCACGGUGAGCCUGCAGGAGUGUGAGCGGCUUGUGGCAGAGCUCCGUGCCAGUGUGCGCCAGGCUGUGCGGCUCUACCACUCGGUGGCCGGCUGCAAGACGCCCUCAGCAGAGCAAAGUCGCAUCACUCAGCUCCUCAGAGACACCUUCUCUUCUGUGCGGCAGGAGCUGGAGGCCCUGGCCGGGGCAGCACUGCCCAGCCCAGGCGGGAGCCCCGGGGCUGUGGGAGCUGAGCAGACGCAGGCCCUGCUGGAGCAGUACUCAGAGCUGUUGCUUCGAGCCGUGGAGCGGCGCAUGGAACGCAAACUCUGAGCUCUGGCAGCCUGUCCCCAGAGAACGCUGCCCCUGCUCUGAACUGUAGCCCCUCGUCCACUCCCCAGACCUGUGGGGAUGCUGCGAUGGUGGCAGGGGUCAGUGCUCAGAGGCAUGGCAGUUCUCCCAGCUGCUCAUGAUGGGGCGCCGUAUUUAUUAAUUUAUUUCCCUGACUGUUGCCUCACCUCCAUGGAACUCCUGCCUCCACAGCCUGCCCAGGGGCUCAUGGCAGGGGUAGAUCUUAGGUCUUUGUCACCUUGGUGCUGUGAGGGCUAGGAGGGCAGCCUGCCCCAUCUGGGACCACCGGGAAGGGCCACCCUCCUCUUCGAAGCCAUUUGAAAUUACUUCAGGGAUCAGCAGACACAGGGUACUCCGUGGGGUAGAGGUGAGAGGCGAUGUGGUAUUCAGUACCUCACCUCUACCUUGCCUUCCCCUCCCACACCAGCUGCACUCCCCUGGCUGCCGGAGCAGGGGUUGUUUUCCCCAACUCCUGGCACUCAGAAAAGCAGAGCCGUCUGGCCCUCCAGGCUGUCCCCAGCCAUCAGGAGACUUGAGUUGGCAUCAGGACCUGAGCCUCCACAUUCCACUCCCAUUCUUCCCUCCAAGAGGGCCCCAGUGUCUCUACCCCUGUGUCCCUCCCCGCUCCCCUUCUCUCCUGGCCGGAACUUGGGGAUCCAGCUGUGGGACAUUGCUGCAGGACAGUAAAGCCCUCUGCUGGGCAAGCCUGAAGGCCUGGCCUCCUUUCCUCAGCCUCUUGGUCUUCCCCCUGGUCCCCAGCGGCCACCUAGCCCCUGCAUCCUGAGUGAUGCUCAAUCAGAAGCCUGUGUUGGAACCUCCCUCAUGGUUUACAGGGCGCCAGCCCACCUUCUGAGUACCUUGGCCACAGAUGAGGUCACACACAUAAACAGAGUUGGGUUUUUGUCGCCUGGGUAUGUGGCUGGCUGAAGUGUGCCUGGCUUCCUCUCACUCCUGCCCCCAGCUUCACCAGCCUGGCUUAAUGUGGAACUCUUGUCAAGGAGCACGAGAAGGAAUGGAACACACUAAACCCUAAUUCUGGAUUUCUGACGUCCACAGCCCAGCUGAUGGGAGAUGGCCAUGGGGCAUCUGGUUCAGGUAGAAAGAGUCUCCUCAAAGAGUGCUAGGUGCCCCUGGAUACUGGAGGUUGAGGGGAGGGAAACGCAGAGGCCAAGAGACACUAGAAAGGUGGUAGAAGGGACAGGUAAGUGGCAGGGGUGAGAGGGUAGAUUAGAAUUAAAAGGGCAGGUGUUAGCGGUAAGGGGGAGGAGAUUGGUUAUAGUAGGUAGGAAGGGUAGGACCAAACAGGCGGUUGUUGAAGAGUUGGGCAAAGCACUCGUGUCUCUGGGCCCUCCUGCUUCCCUCUACCCCCAGGUGAGUCGGGGCACCCUUACCACAGCUGCAGGCCAUUAAAGCUCGUUCCUCCACGUGCUGGCUUCGUUGGCAGAGGCUUAUGAUGAAAUUGGGUUCUGAAGAGUACCCGUCGGUGCCCCAUCAGCCAGCGCGCACUUGAGUAGAUCCCAGCCUGUCCACCCCCACUCUACACCACCACCUGCAUGGCCAAGCCGAAGUGAAACCCAGGCCCCAGGAACUCUUUGCAGCUGCGCACUCACUCCGUGCACCUGCCACAGCCCACCGCAAAUAGGGCUCAGGCUUGACCCUCUGGGCCAUCUGCAGCCGGCCUGUCCAUCGCGAGGAGGGUGUUAACAUUCCUGCUAACGUGCGUGAGAAGGUGGCCGCCUUUCCCUACCCUUUGCCCAGCGUGGCAGGGGUCUGUGGCCGGGCCGGCGCUCAGUCCCCUCCUGCAUGUCUGAGGCCACUGGCAGCCGCCACCCCGUCCAGAUUUGCCCUGCCCCCGUUUUGAAAGCCCCUUUAUUUAUAACUUUUAUACCUUGCCCAGGCCGUGGCGCUUCCUCCCACCCCGGCUGCACGGGGCGGGGGCUGAUUUUAACGUGUCCGUUUGUACUGAUGUAUGAACUUGUCAAUAAACACAGUCAUUUGUUAA